AUGGGCAAGCAGGGCCAGUUCGAGGCGUAUCCCGCGCCGGCCGACGGAUCCAAGCGCGGUCGCAGAGCCAGCAGCCGUCGCCGCAUGCGCAGACCCAUCCGCCACCACCUCCCUCCCGCCCACGCCGCAACAGGAGGAGUACUCGCUCCAGUACAACGGAGCUCCCCCGACACGCCGAUGUACGAGUCGCCGCCGACGUUCGACCCCGCGCACGGGCCGCAGCAGCAGUCGUCGCCGUCCUACCCUCCUCAGCCCACGCCUCAACAGCUUCAAGCCAGGCACAGGCGUCGCAGCAGCCUAGCCCGCUUCUACAUGCCGUACGGGAACGAGUUCGAGGGCCAGACGAUCAGCCUCGGGAUGCUCGAGGAGCCGCCGCAUCAGCACCCGCCGCAGUUCAUGCACCCCCGCCUCCUCCACACCCUAUGCGCCCCACCACACCCGCACGCGAUGGGGAACGGGCACCACGUGCAGAUGCUCCCACACCCGCACCCGCACCCGCAGCACCAGCCGCAGAUGGUCGCCGGGGGCUGGUCUACGGCGCCGCCCGGGGACCCGUCGGGCGACGUGUGGUCGGAGUACAAGUAUUACGGCUGA